AGCAUGUAAUUGGCUCAGAUUUUGGUAUAUCUGGGAAAUUAAUUCGGUAUCGAAAAAGGGAUCUAUGGUAAACUUUAUUAUGAAAAGAUUGCCUAGUAUCUUACCUACAGAUAAACUAUAUUUCUUAUUGUGAAAUAGCAGAUGCUUAUAAUAAUCAUUAAAUAAAAUUCUGUUUAUUAGACAUCUCUUAACAUUUUUUAAAUUUAGAGGAUUUAUAAUUAAUGUGAACAUAAUUUUAUAAACACUCUAUACGUUGGUCCUAGCAUUUUUUUCCCAUAUGGAGAAAUCAAGGAUAAUGAAAACGAUUUCAGAAAUUAUCGAUAGCAUAACGAAAUUAGCACAAACGUUAUUGUUUACACUUGUGUGAGAAGAAGAUUAAUUGCAAAGUAACGGGAAGAUGCACGAUGCACGUGGUCUAUUUUCGACGCUCACGUUCUCGGCGUUUGAAUUAAUUCUUACGCGACACUGCUAUUAUCCCGCGAGAGAUGAUAGAUAAACGUAUUAAGAGAGAAAUGCACGAAGCGAGAAAUGAUCUUACGGAACUCUUGUGAGAUGGUGAGAUCGAGAUGCGCGACAUCGAGAAGCGAGGUAGAACGGGAGUAGUCCCCGACAUACCAGCUGCGGCACAAGAAACGGAACAAAAAUGACGACAGAAGGAAACUAGGAAGUGGUUUCGCGAAACGCGAGCAAAACACAUGUGUGGGAAAUUGACAUCUCGCAUGCUCCCGACCAGUUCGAGCGGGAAUCGCAAGAUGCUGCUUCCUCGAUCAAACCUGAUGGCAAGUUGGCCUUCUCGAACCUUUAUGAAUGUUAAAUCCAUUCAUAAGACGUUUAAUCGUGCACGAUAAACUCUUCGCGGCGAUGAGGCGUGUUUCCUGCAGGUCGAUUAGCUCUAUCGAGAUCUCCGUCUGAUCGAGAAUUAUGCCGGAUUAACGCGUGUCCAAUCGUUUGAAAGCGGAAUUUCCGCGUGCAACUAUAUGCAUUACUCGAGUACUGACUUGCAUAUUGCAUCUCUUCAUGGAUACUGACGUUCUCUUCAAGAAACGUCAUCUUGAAAACGUCUCUUCAUUUCCUCCAUAUUCACUAUUAAAGUAAGUUAUCUAGCGUACGUGCACGCGGAAAUCAUUCUCUCUCGUCAGGCGUAGGUGGGAGUUAAGCCCGAGAAAUAAUUCUCAGUUCAGGUCUGAUUCUAAUUACGGCUCUGAGAUUCCUUGUUCCUCUUGCAGAUGGGCUCGUUUGGGAUCGGAACGGUAGCAGCUACAACCGCGAGCCUGAUAUUCACGGUGCUGUUGGCAAGCGGCGACGCUGCGUUGGCGAGGACGGCGUUCGAGAAACUCACCGAUUACGAUUAUCGCGGCACCAACUAUUACAGCGUGAGGAAUCUCUCGUUGUACGAGUGCCAGGGAUGGUGCAGAGAUGAGCCUGAAUGUCAGGCCGCCGCGUUCUCGUUCGUCGUGAAUCCGUUGGCGCCGAUGCAGGACACUCUUUGCCAACUACAGAACGAAACCACCGCCACGAAUCCGGCCGCCCAGCCCCAGAGAGCCGUCAAUAUGUAUUACAUGACGAAACUACAGAUAAGAUCCGAAAACGUUUGUUUGCGACCGUGGGCCUUCGAACGCAUUCCAAAUAAAAUGAUUCGGGGAUUGGACAACGCAUUAAUUUACACAUCCACGAAAGAAGCUUGUCUCGCAGCUUGCUUAAACGAGCAUCGCUUCACAUGUCGUUCCGUAGAAUAUAAUUACGUGACGCUUCAGUGUCAUUUGAGCGAUUCGGAUCGUCGAACGACAGGUCAAUACGUUCAAUUCGUGGACGCGCAAGGAGUGGAUUACUUUGAAAAUUUAUGUUUGAAAGGAAAAGAGGCCUGCAGGUAUCAAAGGAUUUUCCAAAUGCCCAGAAUCGGCGUAGCGGACGAUAAAGUUGCACAAUACGCAGGCCUACAUUAUUACACCGACAAGGAAUUGCAAGUUCAGAGCGAGUCCGCUUGCAGAUUAGCCUGCGAAAUCGAAAACGAGUUCCUUUGUAGAUCUUUUCUCUAUCGUGGCGCUCCUCAAGGGUCGGCUUAUAAUUGUCAUCUCUUCCAUCUGGAUCAUUGGACUCUUCCGGAUGGACCUUCUACCUAUCUUAAUGCAGAGAGGCCUUUGAUCGAUAAUGGAGAACGAGUUGGCACUUACUUUGAAAAUUUCUGCGAAAAAGGCACUGGACCAUUGGCGGAUCCGCUGCCGGUAGUUUUUGAAACCACAGAAGAUUCUACGAUAAACAAUCUCACUAGAAACGAUAUUAAUUGCGAUAAGACCGGCACUUGUUACGAUGUAUCGGUCGACUGUAAAGACACUCGUAUCGCUGUCCAAGUUCGUACGAAUAAACCUUUCAAUGGGCGUAUUUACGCUCUUGGACGAUCUGAAACUUGCAAUAUUGAUGUUAUCAAUAGCGAUCUCUUUAGAUUGGAUCUCACGAUGAGUGGACAAGACUGUAAUACUCAGAGCGUGACUGGAAUUUAUUCAAACACGGUUGUACUGCAACAUCACUCCGUGGUAAUGACAAAGGCUGAUAAAAUUUACAAAGUCAAAUGUACAUACGAUAUGUCCUCGAAGAAUAUAACUUUCGGCAUGAUGCCGAUCAGAGAUCCGGAAAUGAUCAGUAUCACUAGCGCACCGGAAGCACCUCCACCGAGGAUUCGCAUCCUCGACAGUCGAUCGCGAGAAGUUGAAACUGUACGCAUUGGCGACAAGUUGACGUUCAGAAUCGAAAUCCCGGAAAACACUCCAUACGGCAUUUUCGCUCGCAGUUGCGUAGCUAUGGCAAAGGAUUCGAAAAGCACAUUCCAAAUUAUCGACGACGAAGGAUGUCCUGUCGAUCCUUCCAUUUUCCCCAGUUUCACUCCCGACGGUAAUUCUCUGCAAUCUAUAUAUGAAGCUUUCAGAUUCACCGAAUCUUACGGCGUGAUUUUCCAAUGUAAUGUAAAGUACUGUCUGGGACCUUGCGAACCGGCUGUUUGCGAAUGGGGACGCGAAUCUGUAGAAUCGUGGGGUAAGAGACGUAGAAGAAGUCUUGCAAAUUCGACAGAAGAGAAAGGCGAAGAUAUGACUCUGUCUCAAGAGAUCUUAGUGCUCGACUUUGGCGAUGAGAAACAAUCCGAUUUCCUAAAGAGCGAUGCUAGCAUAGACUUCAAUGAAGCAGACGAAACAGUGACCGUUAUGAAGCCAUGUCCAACAAAAACCUCGGUGCUGGCGCUCGGUGUAACGUGCGCUCUUCUGGUGCUCAUCUAUAUCUCUACGUUCUUCUGUUACUACAUGAAGAAGUGGUUGUCACCUCGCCACAAAAUGAUGCCUUAAGGAACGAAAAAGGGUUUAUCCGCAGAGCGUAUUCGCAAAAAUAAACGAAGAGAACGAUAAUGAACAGAGUGCGGAAGUUCACAUAUACAUUUCACACGUACACACAGGCAUAUUCAUAUCGUAAGUUAUCAAAAAAUUCAUACUCAUUCCUAUUAUAUGUUCAUUUUCAUUAUAUUCGCAACGGGCAAAGCAUGUGUAAUAAGAGGUAAAAGAUUUUUAUUUUUAUUAUCGAAGGGGGCACAAUCGUACUAUUAUCAUGCGCAUCUGAAUUACGUAUGAUCCAUUUAUGUGCAACAUAUCAUUAAUGACGAUUGCAUUAAUUAUGCAAUAUCCGAUAUAUAUAUCGAUAUUGAUUAUUAUUGUAUGGAUACAUGAUAUCUAAAAGAACAUUUAUGCUCGUUAAAAUAGAUCGAUAUUUUCGAGACAGCUACUCGACAGACAUUAAUACUAUACAUAUAUCGUUUACCGCGCGAAAAUAAGUUUACACACACAUUAAAACUACUAUGACUAAGUGCGACGAAGAUUACGGAUCUCUUGUACCAUAUGUUGAAAGCAAACACCUACACAUAUUCGAGGUCUAUAACGAGGAGAAUGACUCGACAUCUCUAAACCGAGGUAAUAUUUAGCAAGGAACAGCUCAUGAAUAUCGUAAUUUUCAUGAAGAUUGCGUCUUUUUUAUGAUGGUCACAGAUUAUAUAACCAAUGCGUCAAUGAUAACAAAGCAACAUUUACAUUUUCAUUGAAUGUUAAACAUUAGAUGUCUGCAAGACUAAUAUAUACAACCACUUUGUGGCUGUGUGUACUUAACAACUUUAUAUUCUGGCUCGUCAGAUUGUACCGGGAUAUCAUUGAGAUAGCAAUCGAGAUUGAAUUUUGCUGAUACGAUUUAUUUUGAACGCAUGAGAAAAGCGUUGCUACAUGAGCGAUUGUGAUUGAAAUUUGAAUGAUAGUUUGCGCAUGUCGGAGAUAUUUGUGUAAAGUUGGCGACCGACUCUUUUGCACACACAUAGAUACAUACACAUACAUACGUACGUACAUAUAUACGAGCAUUUCGCGGAGCUCAUUCGCGACUAAGACCAUCUUGAAAAUGCAAUGAGUAAAUUUUAUUUAAGAAUAAUCUUAGAUUCAAGCUAACUGUCCUCUAGUAGUAGCUACUUCUGAUCGGGUUGCAAGGAGAAUAGGAACGAGCGGACGAAUUUAUUUUUCGUGUUGCUCGAAGCGAAAUUUCUCUUAUGCUUUUUAAAUGAUUAAGAGAUGCGGCCCUGGUUACUGUUUUCAGUCAACAGAGAUCAAUUUGUAACCCGCAUCAAGACUAGCGGUAUUUAAAGGUUCACGCUUCACUAACGUCUUUAACGAUACAAGUAGCAUUAAGAUAGUAAUUAAGCAUGUAAGCAUAGAUGAAAGAAGGAAAAAAGAAUGGUCGAGAAGAUAUUUUCUCAAAUUUAGCGGAUUCUCGAAGCGAUUCGCACUUUGUUCGCUAUUCGAAUAAAUGUUUCAUAGAGAAAAAAAA